AUGUAUCCACCCCAGAAUGAAUCAUGGUUCCCCGCUGAGUCUCAAGCAUCCACCGAGUCUCAAGCAUCCACCGAGUCUCAAGCAUCCACCGAGUCUCAAGCAUCCAACUCACAAAGCAGGUACACCUCUCCAACCUUUGACUAUGAUCAAUUUGAGCCAUACCACACGUUCAGUCCUUCUCAAUGGACGCAUAACCCCAGUCUUAGUCCGAUCGACAUCAAUUCACGUUCUGAUACCUUUAAUUGUGAUAGCCCAGCUCCUGUCGAUACCCCAGUCCUCUUCUCUUCCAUCAAUCAGACAGGAACAGGAAGCAAAGCACCCGAAGCUGCUCAUUCCGAUGAUUCCCACAUGCUGGCGCUUGAUAUUGACGCCUUGCUCAAAUCAAAUACCCCCGGUGAUCUCCUUCAACUAUUUUCGGCAAACUUAAUCAAACGACAUGCUGGAGCAUCUCGGUGGGAGAUAGAAUGCCCUGAUUGCCAAGAUUGGAUCAAAACAACGUUACCAACACGAAUUCUCACAGAUCUUGAUGCUCCCGGCUACUUCAAUACCCUCAGUGACCAUCGCCACGGUAAAAAGUGCUCGAAGCGUGCCCUUCAGCUUAAAUCUUCGCCGUCAAGCACUAAUUCUGAUCGCAUCUCCUCCUCUUCAUCGCCUACCGAAUAUUCGGCUCCAAUGACACUAGCUGAGAACUCUGACGUUAUCAGUACAGCAUGCACUGGUGUUCCGAUCGACUGGCCAGUCAGAGGACCUUCAUUUCUGGAGACUUUCCCAGUGGGUCGUGCUUCUGAUGGCCGAGGCGCGCUUCCUUUUGAUAUUGAUACACGGGGUGCUAUUCCGCACGCUUACUCAAAAAAUUGUGAUCGGAACACAACAUCGGGAUCCCCUUGCACAGAAUGUGCUGAUAUAGUCCCAUUCCUUGAGCAUCUUGUCUCAGUUGCACAGGACAUCAAAUCACACACUCACUACCGUUAUCGAAGCCAUUUCGACAUGGUUCAAGCGGUGCGUCAGUAUGCCGAAGAGGCUAACCGCUUGAAGCUCAAGGGGCUUAAUGAUGCGAGACGUGUCACUCAUGUCCUCACGCGCUUAGACGAAUACAAGUCAUUAAUCAUGGCAUUGUCUGAAAAUGACGUCCCUCGCAUACAGCAUAUCCUCGCUGUUGCACUUAAGCGAGGAUCUUCCAUUCGCCAAAUCAUUAAUACCCUUGAGGACGCAAUCGCCGGAACUUACCAUCCUCGAGGCUAUAGCGGAGAUGACCUCGACAUCGCCUUAUUAGCAUACCGCCUAGGAGGACGUCAACUGUUGUAUGCUUUUAGUUGUCACUUAGGCCUGCCCUCGUUGUGUACACUGCAAACCCACCGCACUUUUACAUCCAUUUCGCCUACAAUCGGCUCCAUUACAGCUGAACAGUUUGACGCUAAUAUAAAGACUCUGAUCCUCACACCUUUGCAGAGCACCCUCGUCCCUCAUCGUGGGCAUUCCAUUAUGAUGGACGAAAUCGCACUGGAGGAACGAGCCUCCCAUCACUGCGCCUCGAAUAGUGUCAUUGGACUCUGUCACUCUCACUCUCACCUCGUCGAUCCCACGCUACACACAUACGACUCAGCGCUUCGAAUUGCAGAGAAACUUGCACAAGGUCACAUCCAUCUUGGAAAAGAGAUGUCCGUGCUUGCCAUAGGUUCCUUUGGGGACGAUGAGAUUUUCCCCAUUCUCGCUGCACCUACUUGCAAGUGUGAGAACGCAGAGAAUAUGAUCUCUAUCUUUACCCUGGCAAUAGACCGUUGGCGAGAGACUGGCGCUGAAGCGCAUCUCGGACCAAUAUUCAGUGUUGCGACAGAUGGCGAUUCAACACGGAGGGCUGCUGGCCAUGCAAUGUUUCUCAAGACUAAGCUACCCACAACGUCCAGACUUUACGGGACCCUAUCACAUAUGCUGGGACUCAAUCUCGCUACGGGUGACCAUGAGAUUACGUUGGACUUUGAUUUAAAACAUAUUCUCAAACGAUGGUGCACGUUGUUGCGUACUCGUAAAGGCAUGAAGCUCGGCAAUGGACACUCUAUUACUAGCGCAGUACUCGCUCGCUACCUUGCGUGGCUCCCAGAUAUGGAUGAAACUUCGGUGACCAAGCUUCUCAAUCCCGACGAUCCGCAGGAUGUGCCGCAAGCUGUUGAGCUCAUGCAGGCCAUCAUUGUGCUGUCGAAGUUCAACAUUGACACCGUCACAGGUGAUGUUGGUAUGUGCGCAGAUAUGGCUUCAAUCAAAUCCCUUGGCGCUAUCUUAGAAUCACUCCUCCUUCCAUUUAUCGACGUCACCUUAUCACUCCAGCAGCAGGUCACACACUUAAGCCGUUACGCACAUCUCAUGUUCACCUUCUUCCGACUGUACCGUUCAGCAUUCAUGCUGCAUGUCCUCUAUUACGACUCCCAAACGAUGGUGAAGAAUGUCUGCUUUUGCAUUGCGAAGCAGCAGAAGCUCGAUGGCGGCCAUUUCUGGAUUAUCCAGACGGGCGACGACCGUCUGGAGAAGUUAUUUGGCAUCACUCGGAUGCGCGGCCAACACAAUUCGGCCAUGAAUUAUUCGCAGGCCCUCAAUCGCAUUGGUGCCGCCAAGGAUAUAGAUGUUGUAUUCAAGAAACAUCCAGAGCUCGAGUCUGGCUCGCGACGCCUCAAGAUUACUCGCACCGAAGGCUAUGAUCAUAUUCGCAGGGACAUGUGGGUCGGAGACGUUGUCACAGCGCACUGUGACCUCCCCUCUUCUUGGAAAGAGGGUCGCGAGCAGGCAGUGACUCUCCUUGGGGAGGCUCGCAUCCUUGGAGACUCCUUCGCCUUUCAAGUCUUUUUUUCACAUCCAGGAUGCGAUCUCAUGUGUCCUUGGGGAGGCAAUAAGUAUCUGGGGGUUAGUAGUACCAUGGAUGCGCAGGAGGUUGAUCUGAGAGUCGAGGAAGCUAUCCCUACUCUCCCUACUCUCCCUACUCCGCAUACACCUUCCUCCACUGAGGAUGUUCCCCUCGAGGAUGAUGUCCUGACUCUUGAGGAGGCACUCAUGCACAACCUCCCCUCCGGAAACCCUACCGUCGACAUUUCAGCACACUCCGUUGCUCCCACACUCGCGAGCGGACCUGGGAUCAACCCCGAUGAUUUUCUCCUUGUGCACGGCAAGUACGUUCACAAGGAGACCAUUUGUCGUUGUGUCCUCAACAAGUACUUCAUUCGCAAAUCCCUCAAUCAACAAGAACGUGUCUACAGUACUGGGUUCACAAAAGCCAACCGACGAUGUGAUCUUGUAGGUCGGUCUAUUACUGGCGGAAACUCAUUCAUCAUUGGCGACGUCUUCCUCACCAUCAUCCGUUCCAACAUCACACUUACAAUCGCACUCAUUCGCUGCACUCUUAUCGAGCGGGAUAGUGUCACUCGACACGAUAUCCUUGUCCCCGAGGUCGCGACUUCAUCUGUCAGGCUCACAGGUCAAAUUCUGUCCCUUAUCCCCUCUCGCAAACCUGCAGGAGAGCGCUCCUGGCUCUGGACUGGAGAUUACAUCAAGACUAACUCCGAGAUUCAAGGUACCGAUCAACACAUGGAGAAGAUCGUGGAAAUCACCGUUCCUGGGCUUCUCGUCGAACUCGUUAACCCCGAUACCACAUGCAUCCGCUUCCGUGACGACGUCAACUCUGACAACUUCAUCGCUCUGAACAAUAUCGGGAAUACCUGGAUCAUCGACGAAUCAGCUCUUGCCCUCGCGUGCGAUGUGUUGUGGGCCAAAGCAUGUGAACAUUCAAUUACCAUCAAGUCUAUUCUCCAUGUCCCUCCUCCGUCGGACUCUUCUGUAUUUCCUUACGCUCUUCCUGAUGGCUCUACAGGGAUCACUUGCGCUGAAGCAAGCCAGCAACUCGCUGCCGCAGAAUCAGGAGCUCUGAUGGAGUGUCCACUGUGCGGGGCAAAAACAGACUCCAUGCGCGCACACGUCGGCCGUCAUAUUCUGAGAGCAAGGCAUGGUCUCCUCGAGGAGAAUCUGAAAGAGCAGGUUGGUGUUGUACAGCCAUGCGGGUCCUGUGGGCGAUCUGGACUUGAAGGAUGCAAGAUCCAGGUCAAAAUUAGCGCCAAUGGUGUCAUUUCUGUCGUGACGCACUGCCCAUACCACACUAACUUCAGGUACGCGAACGCCAACGCUGGAUCGAGGAACCGUCCUUGCCACAACGUGCCUAUCAAGUGCGAGUUGUGUCACCCUACUCUUGCGCCUGUUACAGGCAAGAAAUCCCGCUCUGGUGCGCCAUACGUGGACGCGAUAUGGCGUUACAACAUGAUCGAUCAUCUCAACGAAACCCACCCACAGUAUGCGCAUCCCAUGAACACCCACGGUCAUCCUCUCCCACCAGAUAUUCUCAAUUCGUUCACUCUUACAUCCCUGGAACAACAUGAAGCUGGUAUUCCCGAGCUACUCUGGCUCGUCCCUCUAUUCGAUGGUGAUAAGGAAAAUCAGGCUGGACCCAGCUCCCACAAGCGGAAGUCCAACAACGCCGCCAAUGGGAAUGCGAAGAAGGCUCGACCAACUUUAUAG